UCUCUUCAGAUACAGACAAUCUCGCUCCAUACUGAGCUUUACUGAACAGUAAUUUGAGCACCACAAAACCGAAACACCACCCCUACCAGCUCCAACCUGCUGCUAUGUGUAAAGGACUAGCAUCACUGCCUACCUGCUGCUUGGAAAGGGCCAAGGAGCUGAAGGCAAGGCUGGGAAGUGUUUUGCAGAUCCCCAACUGGAAUCUAUCCUGUUGCAAAAUAGGGAAAAAUAAGCCAACCCUGGAGGAAUGCCUAAGGUGGAAAGAGUCCUUUGAAAAACUUCUUUCCAGCAAAUAUGGACUGUAUGCUUUCACAGCCUUCCUUAUGUCUGAGUUCAGCGAGGAGAACAUUGCGUUCUACUUUGCCUGUGAGGAAUACAAACAUAUCAAGUGUCCUGCCAAGCUAGCUACUAAGGCUAAGAAGAUCUAUGAUGAAUUUAUCGGCAACGAAGCUCCCCGGGAGAUUAAUAUUGACCACGAAACCCGUGACAUCACCAAAGCCAAUAUGCUGGCCCCCACACAUUCUUGUUUCGACAUGGCCCAGCACAAGAUCUACAUGCUCAUGGCCAAAGACUGCUAUCCACGCUUUCUCCGCUCUCCAGCCUACAGAGAUCUGGUGUGCCAAGCCAAGCCAAGCAACAAGGCCAGAAAUCUGCCCCAACAGGAGAAGAAGGCUUGAAAUCUGUCGAUGAGCCUAAAAGGGAUUUGUUAGCGAUCGCCUUAAGAUUUGAGAAUGGAAGGGAAGUCUGGCACAAGGUGCUUCAUCGUGAAGCAUGUGCUAAUAAUGGUACAGAUGCUGAGUGCUACAUGAGAGCAGCUGUGGAUGGGCCUAUAGCGUAGUAGCCAUCACUUUGAAGAUGGCAACAGAAUGGAAGAAAAAAAGGAAAAUGGAGGAAAGCUGAAGGCUGAUGCCUGAAAAUGGACUGCUGUCGAUACAGCUAGAGUUUGGAAAGCAAAGUAAAGAAAGAGUUCUACUAAACAGACUGAGUGACAAUCAAGCAAGAGGCCAGCACAUUUGGAAAAUGCACUUUUCUUAGCCAUUAGGCAAACUUUUGUAGUUGUGACGUGCAAUGUCUGUCAAACUUGUUCACUGUAUGUAUUUGUAUGGGCAUGUGGGGUCCUUUAUGAUUUUUAUGUAUUUACCUGUAUGUAUAUAUUGCAUUUUUAAUCAAAUAUGGAAAAUAAUGUGCAGUUUAAUUUAUACUAUAAUAUUUAUAUGACUGUUUUUUUCUACAUACCAAAUAAAUUAAAUUAUUUGAAAAACUG